UCUACAACUUGCCUUGCCUCCUCAUCGUCCCAUCACCGUCAAACGUUUCCAUUUCGUCUGCUUCAACGCCUACGCCCCCACUCUCCUCUCCACAGCCAGGGCGAGAUGUACCACCCGACGCGUGGCGGUACCCGCGGUGGGCAAGCCGAGUUCUCCUGGCAAGACGUGCGCAACGACAAGGACCGGGAGAACUAUCUAGGCCACUCGGUCAAUGCUCCCACUGGACGGUGGCAGAAGGGCAAGGAUGUGAAUUGGUACAACAAGGAUAAGGGAGAGGGGGAUGAGGGUGAGAAGAGAAGGGAGGAGCUGAGGGAGAUUAAGAGGAGGGAGGAAGAGGAGAUUAGGAGGAGAUUAGGAGGAGCUCCUCUUCCUCCAUCUCUCUCCUCCUCAUCGCUGGAAGGGCCAAGACUGGGCGCCAAUCUCCUCUCAGGCUCCGCCUCACGCUCCUCCCACCACGACCCUUCCACCUCGACCGGCUCCAACCGCUCCCACCUCGACCCGUCCAAAGCUCGCAAGUGGGGGCGCGGAGAGGGUAGCACCGCAGGCGCAGUGCCAGGUGAGGCGCGAUCGAACUCUCCUGACGAUGCGGCGCCGGGCGUUACGGAGGAGGAGAAGCGCAUUGCGAUGAAGCUGGCCAAGAUGGAGUGGAAGAGGCUUAGGCAUGAAGAGCGAGAGCGUAUACGCGAGGAGAGGAGGAAGAGGAAGGAAGAGGGAGACCAUCGCAGUCGUCACCGUGAUCAUGGAGGUGAUCGCGACCGUCGUCCUGAGACAAGGGAGGGCCAAGAUCGAUACGAGCGGCGCAGGGACAGGAGCGACUCUCGAGAUGGCAGCAGGGACCACAGGAGGGACAGGAGUUACUCUCCCGAUUACCACCGGAGAGCACGAUACAGCAGACACGACAGCCCAGGAUACCGCAACGAAGAUCGUCAUCGGCGGACAGAUCAGGACGAUGAUGAAGAGCGAUCGCGGCGGAGAAACUCGCGUGACCGUGAGCAUAGCGCUCCCCAACGCGACCGAGCCGACAGACGAUGAGCAAGAACCCAAUUCACACGCAGACCAGAGCCUUCACAUAU